AAUUAUCAGAGACUGCGUACUAUGAAAUUGGUGUUCAUACUUAUUUUGAUAUGAUUACGUUGCUUUGAAUCAGUCCUUUAAAUAGAGGUUGAAAUAGAAUACGUUACCAUGAGCAUAUAAAGGUAUUACACACAUACACAAAAGAAACCGGGAAGAAGAAAAACACGUGAAUAAUGUACUUCCCCGAUAAAUGAAGUUUACGGAAAAGUCUGACAUUUUAACAGUUUCAAAAUGGAGUCGGAGUUGAUUCCCAUUCCUACCCUUCGAGAACUUGAAAAAAUUCUCCUGGAUCUAAGUGGUAAAAUCCGAAUACAAAGUACUUCUCUUGAAUGUCACAUAGAAAACAUGGAGGAAGAUGGCAAUGCGGAAUUUAUAGUGAGUGAAAACGAGGCUGUAAAGGUUCUUGAAAGGACAAGUAGUCUAAAAGAUGAACUGGAGAAAUUCAAGUUGAACUUAAAAAAGUUCCAAGAAAUCACAAAACAAAAAAGAAACAGCAGUGAAUCGAAGGAUAAGGAAGAAACGGACGAACAUAGUCCAGAAUUGAAAACAGAUGAGUCUAUGGUAAGCACAUGUCCAGUGGUUGGGCAUCCGGAGUCCUUUUCAGCAGUUACAACGCUAAAUAUCACAAAUAUCAAUCUAGAUGUACUGAAUUCUCCAGAUACAACGCUAAACGGAGAUGGGCAAGAAAAUGAAGAUAUCAGUACAACCAUCGAGAGAGAGAACACGGAAACAGAAAGAUGUGAUCCAUCGUCCGGACUCUCCGACACCAUGGGUGGUUUUUAGAUUCUAAAUGACAUCACUGAGGAUUCAACAAACUCUUGAUUUAAAUAUUCAAUUGAUGCUCACAUGCAAAUUAAGAUAUAUUGGCUGACACCCCCCCCCCCCUCUUUGCAUUGUGGUAAAUGGUGAAUUGAAGGACGAAGCUGUCCGCUCUUUUUAUCCUUUUAUGCUGUUGAAGUUUGGAAUAGAGAACAUUUUAAUGGAUUUGUUUUGUCCCUUUUUAUUGUCGUUUGAUUGUCAAGAAUUUUAAACGUGUUCUCUGCUGCAACCACCUUCACCUUCAGAAAAACCACGCUAUAUGUAUGGUACUCUUUAUGAUUCUUAUGUGCAACAAAAAGGAAGUUCAUUCAAUUUUCUGACAACUUUCUUGCAUCUUGUAAUGAAAAAAUGAUUUGCUUGAAGUCAAUUAGCCCAAGAUCUAUGAUUUUUGUUAACCAUAAAAUAUUUCAAAUAUAAUCAAUUAUAUAUGUUUCAAAAUAUUGAAUCCAGGGGCAAUAACUCUGUUUUCAUUAAAUUAUUUAUCAAGUCAAUUAUGCGAUAGAUUUCAUUCAUUUUUAAGAAACAGUUUCAUGAAAUUGUUAUGAAUACUAUUAUAUCGUUUUAACCAGUUUUUGUUAAAAUUUAGUGAUGCGGCUUAAUAAGGAGAAUUUCAAUUUUUUUGUAGUUGAUAACAGGUUUUUUGUGUGCUAAUUGAUAAAAAAUUUACUAAUACUGCAACAUACUUAUCUUAUCAUUUUCAUUUGUUACUGAGAUGUAUUAUUUGAGGAUUCAACAAUAAGACACAAGAUUGAACCCACAAUUCUAGAUGGGGGGGAAUCCAAGUCGAGAAAAAGUAAAUAUAUAGUAGUUUGAAAACAUUUUCUCUAUUUAUCAUAAAUCCAUCGAUUUGCUUGACAAUUACGUAAACGAUUAAAUUAUAGCCUUUUUUGUAUGUGUACUUAUACUUCUACAUGUAUUUGUGUACAAUAGAUUUUUUUUGUAUUUAUUUUAUCAGAACAUUUAAGUUGAAUUAUUGCAAAUGUACGAAAUAUAAUUUUACUUACCAAAUCUAAGGUUAUUGAUGCAACGUGGAUACAAAACUUUAACGUGUACAAACAAAUGUAUAUUGACUUGCUUAAACAUUUAAAAAUAUGGUUGUGGGGUUGUGAGGUGUUUUUUUUUUUCAUAUCUAAACAGGCUAGACUACAUGAUGUCAAUCAAUAUUUAAAAAGCACAUUUCUUUUCUUAUACUGACAAAGUUUGUUGUUGUUAUUGGGUGGGGUUUUUUUAAAUGAAAAGCACAAUUAUUUAUAUUUCAUUCAAUUUUAUUCAGUUUCAUAGUUUUAUUCAUUUAUCCAGUUACUUAUUUCUAAACAUUGGUCGUUUUUAAUCUAAUGGCAAAUUUCCUAAUCUAAAAGACACAAAAUACCCCAAUCAGAUGAAUUAUUUUCUCUCAGUACAUUUGUUUCCUUUUAUUAAAUAACGCAACAAUGUAACUUCGUUUUACCCCCUCAUGAUCUAGAUAUAUAGGUAUUAGUGUUAUAUACUUUGACGAAAAUGCAAAAAUAACAGUGGUUACGCUAUAUACAAAAAUUUCGUGAUAAACUAAUACGUGCUUUAGCAAUGGUAAGCAUUUAACAAAUUCACAGUAUACAUUUUAAGUAUCCCAUCUCAUUUGCAAGACAGUAUUUUUUUUAUCAGUGGGAGGCAUUAUUUGCCCUUAAAUCAACUAUAAAGCAAUUGUAUUUAAAUCAUUGUACCUUAUUCUCCCUUUUCGAUACCUAUGUCUGUAGUAUUUUGAAUUACGGAUGUGAAGUGUGGGGAUUACAUAAAGCACCUGACAUUGAAAAGGUUCAUCUAGAUUUGCACUUGGUGUUCGUAAAAACACUAAUACAACAAUGGUAUAUUUUGAAACAGAGCGUUUACCAUUGUAUUAUGUUCGUAUUUUGAGAAUGUUCAAGUUUUGGUUUAAACUAUUGCAGUCUGAAAAUUGUAUACUUAAUGCUGCAUAUGAAUGUUUAUACAAUAUCUGUGGAAAUACAAAGCAUACAAGUCGUAACUGGGCUACUUUUAUCAAGGAACAACUUGAUUGUUUGGGACUUGGUUAUAUGUGGCAUGAUCAACAUAACUUAAAUAGCCAUGUUUGUUUGCCAAUAAUACAACAAAGAUUGAAGGAUCAUUUUAUUCAAAAUUUACAUAGCAACAUGCAGUAUGAAUCAAAAUGCACUAUUUACAAACAUUUGGUUGAUAAUUUUUGCUUGCAAUAUUACCUAGAAAAAUAUAUUCCUAAAUUGCACAAAAAGGGUAUCUCCAAAAUAAGGCUAUCAUCACAUAAUUUAUCCAUAGAAACUGGCAGACAUAAAAAUGUACCACGUGAAAAAAGGUUUUGUAAAACAUGUAUCACUGAAAUUGAGGAUGAAUACCACUUUUUGUUAGUCUGCCCUGUAUAUUGCCAGAUUAGAGCUAAAUUAGUGAAAAAGUAUUACUGGAGUAAACCUUCCAUGUUCAAAUUUAUACAACUAUUAAGUGUGAACUAUGUAACUUGGGGAAAUUUAUUUGUAAAGCUCUUGAACUAAGAACAGUCCAUAAUAUGUAAUUUGUAUCGUCAUUCUCCUUUUUUACUAUCAUUAUACUAUUGUAUUUACUAUAUACUAUUGUAUGCUAGAUGUCUUUGUAAGAAUUAACCGUUUAUUUUCAGCUUUGUAAUUAUUGUCCAUGUUCAAUUUUGUUAUAAUGCUAUAAGAUGUAUGUCUUUCGCAAUAAAGUUAUUAUCAUUAUUA